AUGAAGUUUGGGUUUGUUGGUGCCAAGAGGGCAGGCAAGCCAGGGCAACCAUCAAAACUCAAUAAGAGGUUUUCGAGGGAGUUCGAGGGGUGGGAUGAAGGGGUGGGAGCAGGGUUCAGGGAGAUCAUGUUGACAGACGGACUAUCUCGGACAGCCAUUGGCAGGUCGUCGGAGCACCAAGUUUCAGCGCUGCAGAACCUGACAAGUCUGUUGAGGAACGCUUUCAGCAGUCAGUUUGUGUUUCCCGUCCUCGGCCACGACGACCCUGGGUCGAGCCCCGGCGAGCGACUCAGUUAUGGAGACCUCGCCGACUUCUGGAGACAGUGGCUGCCCACCGAAGCCAUACAAACAUUCAAAACAG